CAAAUCCUUCUCCACAGUUUCCGACUUCCUAUGAAUGUAACGUUGUUGUUAGUUACUCUAGGGCUUUAUCAACAGAUGUGCUGGUGUAUUUGGAGUCAUGAGUGAAUUCAGGAUUCAUCAUGAUGUUAAUGAGCUGCUCGGCCUCUUGAAUGUACGAGGUGAAGAUGGUGCGGAGGUUUAUAUAGAUUUACUUCAGAAGAACAGGACACCAUAUGUCACCUCUACAGUAUCUAUACACAGUGCCAAGGUUAAAAUCGCAGAGCACUCCAAAACACCUGAAGACUUCUUGAGGAAAUAUGAUGAGUUGAAGUCAAAGAAUGCACGUAACCUAGAUCCACUGGUGUAUCUCCUCUCCAAACUCACUGAGGAUAAAGAGACUUUGAAGUUCCUGCAGCAGAAUGCCAAGGAGAGAUCAGAGAUUUCAGCAAAUGCCACUUCAAGCACCACAUCUUACAACAUUCCUGCAACCAGCAGCAAGAUGUCUAUGCAUGAACUGGAGGAGUUACGGAAAAAGCUGGGCAACGUCACUGCCAGUACCGCUGUUCCUCAGUCUUCUGAGGUCAUUCGUAAAAUGCUGAGAGAUAGACAUAACAAGAAGAACCCCACUCAACCCAACCCUGUGUUUCCAAACUGGGUGUAUGAUCGGCCUGCACUGAUUGGUGAUUUCAUCCCUAGCCCCACCCCUGUGGGAGAUCCUGUUGUGGCUAUUGGAACAAUGCCACUUGCUUCACAAGAGCAAGCUUUGGUUGAAGACCUGCUGUAUGUGCUGAUUGGUGUAGAUGGGAGAGACAUCACUGCUCAGCCUGUGCUAGGCAGACAGAGCCGCUCCUUCAUAGUAGAUCAUUCCCUGGACAUUUCCAUCAAAGAGCUCGUCAACCGGAUAUUACCCGUCGCAUCUUGUUACUCCACUAUCACACGCUUCACUGAGGAGAAGUCAUCAUUUGAGUAUGGUCAAGUGAAUCAUGCCCUGACUGCAGCUAUGAGGACCCUGGUGAAGGAAUAUCUCAUCCUGAUAACACAGCUUGAGCAUCUUCACAGACAGGGCAUGAUCUCCCUGCAGAAGCUCUGGUUCUACAUUCAGCCCACCAUGCGCACCAUGGAAAUCCUGGCCUCCAUCGCCACCUCUGUUGAUAAGGGUGAGUGUAUGGGUGGGUCAACAUUAAGUCUGCUUCAUGAUCGUACGUUCAAUUACACCGGAGACAGCCAGGCUCAAGAGCUCUGCCUUUACCUAACCAAAGCAGCCAGCGUCCCGUACUUUGAAAUACUGGAGAAGUGGAUCUAUAGGGGCAUCAUUAAAGAUCCUUACAGCGAAUUCAUGGUUGAGGAACAUGAGCUGCAAAAAGAGAAGAUUCAGGAGGAUUACAAUGAUAAAUACUGGGAUCAGAGAUACACUAUCGUCCAGCACAGGAUUCCAGCCUUUCUGCAGAAAAUGGCAGAUAAGAUAUUAAACACAGGGAAGUAUCUGAAUGUAGUGCGAGAGUGUGGCCGUGAUGUCACCUGUCCAGACGCCAAAGAAGUUCUUUACACUCUCAAAGAGAGAGCGUAUGUGGAGCAGAUUGAGAAAGCAUAUUAUUACGCCAGUAAAGUUCUGCUCGACUUCCUGAUGGAGGAAAAGGAGCUUGUUUCACGCCUGAGGUCGAUCAAGCAUUAUUUCUUAAUGGAUAAAGGAGACUUCUUUGUGCAUUUUAUGGAUCUGACGGAGGAGGAGUUGAAAAAGCCGGUUGAUGACAUCAUCCCUCCACGCCUGGAGGCCCUUCUGGAGCUGGCUCUGAGGAUGAGUACUGCAAACACAGACCCCUUCAAAGAUGAUUUAAAGAUUGACCUGAUGCCUCAUGAUGUCAUCACCCAGCUGUUGCGCGUUCUCGCCAUAGAUACCAAGCAAGAGAAAGCCAUCAUUAAUGCAGAGCCAACAGAGGUCUCACUCAGUGGAUUAGAGGCUUUCUCCUUCGACUACAUCGUCAAGUGGCCACUUUCACUCAUAAUUAACCGGAAAGCCUUGACGAGAUACCAGAUGCUGUUCAGGCAUAUGUUCUACUGCAAGCAUGUGGAGAGGCUGUUGUGUAAUGUGUGGAUCAGCAAUAAAGCAGCUAAACAGUAUUCACUACACUCUGCUAAAUGGUUUGCCGCAGCGUUUGCAUUAAGACAGCGAAUGCUUAACUUCGUUCAGAACAUUCAGUACUACAUGAUGUUUGAGGUUAUGGAGCCUACGUGGCACAUCAUGGAGAACAACCUGAAGUCUGCAUCCAACAUUGAUGAUGUGCUGUGUCAUCACACCAGUUUCCUGGAUAACUGUCUGAAGGACUGUAUGCUCACCAACCCUGAACUGCUCCGGAUCUUCUCCAAACUCAUGUCUGUCUGUGUCAUGUUCACCAACUGCAUGGAGCGUGUCACCCAGAGCAUAAGGAUAGACAGCGAGAUUAAACGUCUAACCCUUGAGCAUGGCACCAUGGAGGGCUCUCUAGCCCCAAGCAAACGAACUGAAGAGGCUGAGAAAAAGAGACUGGCCUCUAAAUUCUUGGCUGAGCACGUGGAUGCCCUGCAGUCUGACUCAGGGUUUGAGGGGACCAUCAGUAAGUUUGACAGUAACUUCAGCACUUUAUUGCUGGAUCUUUUAGAUAAGGUCAGCAUUUACAGCACCAACGACUGUGAACACAGCAUGAUCAACAUCAUCUACAGGCUGGACUUCAAUGGGUUUUACACAGAGAGACUGGAGCGAAUGGCCAUUGAGAGGAGCCAGAAGUCUGCUGCAUAGCAUCAUCAAACAUAAAGAACAUGAAUGACAUCAGCAAUAAGGAAAUUGUGUUUUUAAAGUGUAGUGAGGCGGCCUUUCAAAAUGUAUUGCUUCGUAACUAAAUAAAACCUUGUCUUGUUUGAACAGUUUCUCACUCCCAUUCAAAUGUAAUUAAUUGUCUUUUUUUAUAUUGUAAACCCAAUAAAACACAAAAGAAAAUGUUUAGUUUGAUCUCUUAUUCUCUAUUUUCCUUAAUCUAUUUCUUAUUCUAAAUACAGUUGUUAUUUUAAUAAGCUUUUUUCAGUAAGGAGAGAUGGAGUCUUUAUGUGAUUAUUAUGUAGAUGAUACUUUAUGCAGUGACUUAAUCAGUAGCUUACAAUUAUUACGUGGAUAAAACUAUUUUUGCAUAUUAUUUACACUUAACCGUGUGUAUUUUUACAGAAUGCUCCUUGUCUUGUCUGUACACUAGAACUUGUGUAAUAAUAUUUUGUUCUAUUGUAUACUGGAAUAUAGCUGGAAUUAACUAAAUUAAGCCUGCCAUUUUUUGUACUGUAUGAACACAUUUCUUUUUUCCUUCUUGAAAGUCUUUCUAAGAUGCCACUGAUUACAAAAAGUCUUGAGUUUGGGAGAGAAUUCUGUGUGUCUUCAGCAAGUUGUGACAUUCAACGUGCAAAUUCUUUCCUGCCAAAACUGUUGUGUUAUUGUCCAGGGUGUCAGUAACUUGUAUGUAUAGUUAUUGCAUGCAUAUGCAUAUAUAAAUAUGUAUUAUUUAAUGGCUUUAACCCUUAUGUUGUGUUCUGGUGAUUUUGUCGACCCAUUUUACUUAAUCCAAUUUGAAUAAAAUUCCUUGACUUUGUUCACAUGGUAUCUGAAUACACAACAAAAUUUGUACCAUUUUCUUUAUAUUUUUUGGGUUUUAUUUCAUGUUUUACACUUGUGUUCCCGGUCAAAAAUGACCGGCCAUUGGAAAUGAAUGGAUUAGACUACUAAAUACAGUAGUAUUACAUGUUAACAUAUAACAUGUGUUCAGAAGAAUCACUAUUCUUUAGAUGAGCACAAAUGUUUGUGUUUGCACACACACUCACUCACACAAUGUGUGUUGUGUGCCCUUUUGUGCAUUGUCUUUCCUUGUACACUCUUUGAGGAGUAUUUCAAGCUAUCCUUAUCGUAUUUGUUGCGUUUGGGCUCGUUUGAAUCAGGAUAGUCUGCUGUAAGUUACGAUACAACAUUGUCUAUGUUUUAUGUAUGUUUCAGGAAGUAAUAAAGAAAAA